GACCGAGGCGGAGUGCACGGCCAUGGGGCUGCGCAGCGGCCACCUGCGGGACAGGUUUUGGCUGGUGAUUAAGGAAGAUGGACACAUGGUCACUGCUCGGCAGGAGCCUCGCCUUGUGCUGGUCUCCAUUACCUAUGAGAACAACUGCCUGAUCCUUGAGGCUCCGGGCGUGGACCAGCUGGUGCUGCCCACCAAGCUGCCCUCCUCGAACAGACUCCAUGACUGCAGGCUAUUUGGUCUUGACAUUAAAGGCAGAGAUUGUGGUGAUGAGGCAGCUCAGUGGUUCACCAGCUUCUUGAAAACAGAACCAUUCAGGUUGGUUCAGUUUGAAACGAAUAUGAAAGGACGAAUAUCAAGGAAAAUUGAACCUGCAAUUGUACAGAACUACCAGGUGGCCUACCCAGACUGCAGCCCGAUCCUGAUCCUCUCCGACGCCUCCUUGACAGAUCUGAAUACCAGGAUGGAGAAUAAAGCGAAAAUGGAAAAUUUCAGGCCAAAUAUCGUGGUGACAGGCUGUGACGCUUUUGAGGAGGAUACCUGGGAUGAACUUCUAAUUGGUGAUGUAGAAAUGAAAAAGGCAAUGUCUUGCCCCAGGUGCAUUAUGACCACGGUGGACCCAGAUACUGGUGUGUUAGACAGGAAGGAGCCACUGGAAACCCUGAAGAGCUACCGCCUGUGUGAUCCUUCUGAGAAGAAAAUAUACAAGUCAUCCCCACUUUUUGGGGUGUAUUAUUCUGUGGAAAAAACUGGAAGCCUGAAAGUUGGUGACCCUGUGUAUCGGAUGGUGUAGUGAUGCAUCUACUAAGGGGCGAUGGUCUCAGCAGCUGCGAGGCAUUGAUCAAGAUUUUAGCAAAGGAGGCAGCAAUACCUCAGUGAAUUCUUAAUUACUCGACCUUUUGACCAUCCUACCUUGAAAACAAAUCUCAAUUUUCGAUUUUUCAGACUUAUAGAUUCCCCUGAGUUAAUGCAAGGACAGUAUCAGAGAUGAUUUGGGAAUAUAAAGAAAGGCAUAUGCAUUUUUAAGUAAUGGAGGCUUUUAAAAUAAAUACAAUUGCCCAUGAAAUUAUUAUGAAUGUUACUGUAGCUAUUACACUCUUCCAAUCCCGUACUUCGGUAGUAACGAGAAAAGAAACUGAAAGAGCUGUGAAAAAAAUUUUCAAUCUGUAUAUUACAGCGAUUCAUUGUGUGUUUUAUGAUAAAUGGGAAACAAAGUAAUUUCUUCUUGAUAUCCCUUUACAUGUUAACACACGCUCAGAUGCCUGUUAGCUGGUUUUUGCAUGGUUAUUGAGUUUUAUUGACUUUUCGUGCCUGUGUUUUUAUCUUGACAUUAUGGAAUCAGGGUUGCAUUUGGGUAUGGCAGUUAUU